AUGAGCAGUCCUCUCUUUGUUUCUCAACCAUCUUGCGAUUUAAGUAUUUAUUUACCAAUUGAAUUAGAUUUUGAAGAUAUAAUAGUUUAUCAAUCACCUGAAGUGUUGAUGCGUUCAAUUAAUAUGGAUACAUCAUCGGCCCAUCGAUCGGAAUUCGAAUUAUUUGAUCCAAUCAAUGAUGAUAUGGAAGCUGUAUCAACGUUAACAGAUAGUGAUAUAACGGUUCCAUGUGAUAAUAUCUUGGAGAUAAUUGAUAUAGAUCAAUAUUUUUUUGGACAAUGUACAGUCGCAUCUCAUAUACCAAUUGUAGAAAAUCAAGAAAAAUUACAAGAUACUACACCAUUAUGUGUAUCAUCAAAACGUUCGUAUAAAAGUCAAAAAAGCAAGUUAUUAUCAUCUGAUUCAUGUCAAUCAUCAAAGUUCAUAAAUAUAAAAAAAUUUCUUAUAUUGGAUGAAACAACAGGACGAUUACGUCGACCAUUAUUAUAUGAAUUUAUUCGAUUAAUAUUAGAAAAAGAUGAAUAUUCACAUAUAGCUGAAUAUAUUGAUCGUAAACGAGGUAUUUUUAAAUUUCAUCAACCAGAUCAAGUUGCUGAAUUAUGGAAACAAGUAAAAGGACGUAAUAGUGAUAAUGAUAUGACCUAUGAUAAACUAGCAAGAGCUUUACGUUAUUAUUAUGGUAAUGGUAUAAUGCAUGCUAGUCCAGGACGUUUUACAUUUCGAUUUGGACCAAAAUCUGGUUUUGGUACAUCAUGGUGGCCAGCUUAUUAA